AUGAGUGAAAAUCAAAACAAGCGAAAACAGGGGUCUUCGAGCGCCGGCCCAGCUCACAAGAAGAGCAAGGGAAGCACUGGAGGGAAGUGGAAAACGCCACAGCAAAAGGCCAAGAUGGCCGGUCGGGUUGAGAUGGGCAGCUCUCUCGAUAUUGGCGAUGAGGGCAUCUGGGUCACAUAUGCCAGAGGCAUGAACACAAGAGCUUUUAAAGAGUUUUCGGAGCUUUGCGAUGAGUAUGGAGAGAGCAUGUAUGGUAUCGCAAAGUCAUCUGACGAGCACGAAAACGUCAACGAGGAAGACGAGGAGCUGGACAUCGAAGCCUCGAUUGAGAAGGAGCUCGCCGCCAUGAGAGCGCCUCGCGAAAAAUCUGCGAAAAAGGGUGUGUUCAGGCCUAUCAGCGCAGGCAUCGAGUGUGUCUUCUUCAUGAAGACGCUCAAGCCGGUGGAGCCAGAUGCGCUGGUCCGAAAAAUGUGCGAAGACGCACGGAAGUGCCUGGAUCCCAGGGAGCGCAAGUGCAGAUACAUCAACCGCCUUACACCAGUCUUCGACACGGACAAGGCGACGGACAAGGGCAUUGAGAGGGUUGCCCGUCAGGUAAUGGCAUCUUACUUCGAACUCGUUCCCAGGGGCGAGAGCAGCGCGACCGAGGAGGCAGCAACGAAGGAUGCACCAGCCCCAACGACUACGAAUAGUGCUGGCGAGCCUUUUACAUACGCUAUUCGACAUAAUAUUCGCAGCCAUAACACCUUCAAGUCAGAAGAGGUGAUUAAAAAGAUUGCUGGUCUGGUUGACACCAAGCACAAGGUCAACCUAUCAAACGCAGACAAGGUGAUUCUGGUGGAGAUUUUCCAACUGUUUUGCAGUGUGUCCGUCGUCGACGGGCCGCAGUGGGAAGAGUUAAAGCGCUACAAUCUGAACUCACUCUAUGGAAUGACUUCGAAGCAAAAGAGUGGCGCAAUUCAAGGCGAUGCCGGAAAUCAAUCGUGA